CGUACAGUCGAAAUGGCCGAUCCAUAAUGUUUAAUAUCAGAACAUGGCGAAACACUCCUUCAAUUCAACCUUGAAAGAUGGACAAAUCGCUGGAUUAUACGACCUGCAAGAAACGCUAGGAUGCGGUCACUUUGCUGUUGUCAAAGUUGCGAGACACGUUUUUACGGGAGAACGAGUUGCUGUGAAAGUGAUCGAUAAAACAAAACUCGAUGAGAUCUCUAGAGCACAUCUCGUCAAGGAGGUUCGAUGCAUGAAACUCGUCCAACAUCCAAAUGUGGUCCGAUUGUACGAAGUCAUCGAUACGCAAACCAAACUGUACCUUGUUCAGGAACUGGGCGAUGGUGGGGAUAUGUAUGAAUAUAUCAUGAACCACGAACAAGGCCUCUCCGAAGACAAAGCUCGCCAUUAUUUUCAACAAAUUGUUCUCGCCAUUGACUAUUGCCACAAACUGCACAUUGUACAUCGGGAUUUAAAGCUUGAAAAUGUGAUAUUCUUUAAGAGUUUGGAUGUUGCUAAGCUAACGGAUUUUGGUCUUUCGAAUAAGUUCUCUCCCGGUCAAAAGCUUGAUACUUCGUGUGGAUCGUUAGCGUAUUCCGCCCCCGAAGUUCUACUGGGAGAUUCGUACGAUGCUCCAGCAGUAGAUAUUUGGAGCCUUGGAGUCAUUCUUUUUAUGUUAGUGUGUGGUCGUGCUCCCUUUUAUGAGGCAAAUGACAGCGAAACACUCAUCAACAUCAUGGAUGUUCGGUACAGUGUAUCUGGACAUGUAUCUCAGCCCUGUCAAAGCUUGAUUGAAAAAAUGUUGGUGAGAGAGCCAUACCAUCGCUGUUCAGUGGAGAGUAUUAUGGAGGAUCCUUGGUUCCAAGGGGGACAUCCGCCUGUACUUCCCACUCCUGUACCCUUGGUAACUGAACUACCCCUCACCCCUGAGGAACAUAAUUAUGUGGUGGAGAUCAUGGAGACUGGAAAAAUUGCAAAUAGGGAGAAAGUUAAAAAGUCCCUAGAAGAAAACGCAUACGACCACAUAGCGGCCACUUACUAUUUGCUAGCGGAGCAGCUCUUAAGGCGUUUGAAAACAUCCCAUAAUAGUUUGAAGCCCUCUGUUCGAAGGAUCGAUGCGCGGCGAUCUUUGCCUGAGAACAAGCGACAGGAACCAACAGCAAGUUCACCAGGCUUGGAAUUAAAAGUAGACCAAGAGGACGAUUUGGAAACUCAGCUGGAUGGUAGUAGUUCAGGCUCGGGAUCUCCGAGGAUUCGUCGCAUUUCUUCUGGGAGACUGGCCCCAAGGGAAGGACAAAUGUUGAAUGAAACGAUCAAAACUCACGCCAUCGAGGCGGAAGAAAUUCUGCACAGUUCAAUGGAAGAAGAUGACCAUGUAGCUUCUGGAAGUCAUCACAAAACACAUGGAAAGUUUCACACGGUGGGCGCGCUUUCAAACAAACCUUGCACUUCAACGAACUUACAGUUUUCCACUGAGAUCACACCCAGUUUACCGUCUCUGUCGCGCCCGCACGAAAGGAGAAUUGUUCAUCACAAUAGGUUGCGAAAUUCAAACAGUGCUCCUUUAUCUUUGAAUCAGAUUCACGAGGAACGCGAAUCGGAUCUUGAAGACAGUCCGGUGAACUCACCGCGAGUUGAACGGACAAGAAAACAUCUCGGGGGAGGGGUGAUCAAAUCUAAAAGGACUACACGCCGCCUGUCCCCAGUGCCCUCAGGAAGCAGCCGGCGUUCUUCUAGUUGCAGUAGUUCGGACGAAGAUGAAAUAGAAAAACACAUGCGUAGGCUAAAAACUACUUCCGGUUGUAAAUUGAAUACCAGGCGCUCUAACAAUGACGAUGGCAACACGGACGGAGAUAGCGGAGGGGGGACUGGAGUUGGAGGAGGCAAUAGCCUGCGAACCACAUACCCAAUUCCCUCGGUAAAUGGUGCGAAUGGAGAGAAAUCUUCGGGUAAAAAUCCUUCUUCGAAACAGGGGAAUAAUGGGAAAACGAGUUGUUUGAAUGUGAAUAUGGGUGUAUUUGCACCCCUUUGCGAAGAUCUUGAUGUUAUACAGGAGAGUAACAAAGAAAACGUCGAUAGAAAUGUGGAAGAACAGGUGAAUCAAACUAAUGCGGAGAUUCACAACGGAAAGAGAAGUUCACUCAUCGAAGAGUACGGCGUUCUGGCUUCUAAAGGAGAUAUGUCGGAGCAAGCUCGAAGCAACAGCUUUUUAGAGAAAAGAAACAGCGCAUCGAAGUACAUUAAGAAUAACGAUGGGAAUGAGGAAUGCGACAAAAACGAACCCAACUCGCUGGAGGGCGUGGUUAGUAUAGAACUCACAGACAUGAGCCUGCAGUCUAAGGAUACCAAGCGGCUAGUCGACGAAUCCAAGAAAAAUAUGAGUUUGAUUCACAACCCAGCAAUUCAAACGGUGACGAGUAACUGUUGUCAAAUAUUUUGAUCUAUUUUAUUGUAGUUCUCUAUGCAUACGCUUAUGUAGUUCUUAUAUCUAUGUUUUCGGAAAGGGUUUGAUUGCAAUGUCAGCAAAUCUAUUUUGAAUCUGAUGAAUUUUUUUGGGGGGGAGCGAAGAAAGGAUUUUAUUUACUUGUGCAUUUUUUCCUUUUUUUUUCUUUUUUUUUCAGUUCCGCGUAUGGUGAUUUAAUGGAAUAUGCAAACAGCGAUGACUUUUCUCUGAAGUGAUUUGAUUUAUAGGUGAAGAUUAAAAAAGUGGCCUCCAUUCUACUAAUAUUGGGGCAAUCUUGCAACGGCAAAUAAUUUUUCAGGUUCUUGUCUUAAAUUCUUAGAAAUAAUGUUUCUGAGAGGCACCUUAUUUCGUAUUCACGUGAGGGUCUUUUCGGCCCAUAAAGCAAACACGAACUGAAAACGUUUUUAUUGAAGUAUAGAUCGACUCUCGAUGGAAGUGAAACUGUUUCUACCGCUGGCUUUAAAAUUCAAUUCUGAAGAGUAUAAGGAAUGAUUUUUAUGGUUUUUGCACAUUUCAUUGCCCCUGUUUAGGUGAACGAAUGCCCGCUGGACGGUGUGGGGGUGCUCAUUAAGUUAAUUUGCCUGAGAAGGCUACAAAUAAAUUAUUUACUUGUUUGUAUUGACUUGAAAUUUAUCCGAUGGAGUCUUAGAAUUGACAUCAAUUUCUCAAAAGGUAGAUUGGUGUACUGUGGUUUUGGUGCAAAACAUUGGAUAAAUUGUUUGCCAUGGUAACAAAGAAAGUGGGUGUCAAUUAAAUUUUUUAUGUCAACUUCUUUUUUCUUUUCGAUGACAGCGACUUUGUACUUGUAAAUUACGAGUGAGAUUGGUUUAUCAUUAUUUAAAUGAUCAAUGAAAUUAUCUCCCUUUGGAAAUCACAAUGCCGAGUUACUUUCGAAGCUGUUCACAUGGUGAUUGAGCUUUCGGAGAAUUUAUUCCGUGCAUUGUAAUGUUGUUCAAAUCUUCUUAUUCAGCUAGUAUUCCUGAGUAAGGUAGUGCGAAAAAAAAGUGCUUCGAGUUUUUUGAGUCUCAAAACAAACUAUAAUAGGGGCUUAUUAUUUUAAAGUGCUCUCAUUGCGUUUGGUUUGUCAACGUAAAUGCGACACCGCAAAGCGAUUUUUGAUGGAGUGAAGAGGUAAUCAAAGACAGUACUGCUUUUGUCUUGCGAUUUAUUGAUUAGGGAAAAAACCUCUCGCCAUCUUUUCAAAUGUCAAACUAACUUUGACAACUUUGGUUCUAGUUUCUCGAGCCUUAGUUGACCAGCGCUCUCGCUUUUACGCCCCAAGUAGCUAGCACUUUGUCAGUCAGUUAAACUACAUAAAGAAAACAGCUAAAAGCGUGAAAUAUCUGUUAAAUGACCAGAUUAAUUACGUUUUUAUUCAUAGAAUUAUGUGACGCGAUUCCAUGAAGAAAUGAUUUCCCAUCAAAGUGUAAACCUUUUAAAUUAAUACGCGAGAAAUAUUUAGAGCAAUGCCUUAGUAUAUUCUUUUACCUUUUAAUCUGAAUGACAUCUAUCCAUAUAAAUAUAUAUAUAUGACCAGUAUUUUAAGUUAUUGAACAGCCUUCUCAUAAAAUGGCAUUUAUUGUAUCUAUGAAAUUUAUAACGUGUUAUGAUUAAGUGCCCUUUGGUAAAGACGCAUUUAAACAAAUGUCAUAAAUACAACU